UGUUGCCUCCUUAUUUACUUACUCCACAAUAAGCAUACAACAUCAUACUAAAAGUGAUAUUUCUCGUAUUAUAAACUAGAAAAAAACAAUGUCUUUGGUUAUGGCAUCCCUCAAGAAUCUCUUGCUCUCCCCUCUUCGUGGUUUCAUCCACAAAGAUUUCCAUGAUAUCUUUGAGAGAAUGACUCUCUUGGACAAGCUUUUUUUUCUGAUUGUUCAUUUCGUUGAUAAACUGAAUCUGUGGCACCGGCUACCGGUGUUCUUGGGGCUACUAUAUCUUGGAGCGCGGCGGCAUCUGCAUCAGGAAUACAAUUUGAUCAACGUCGGCAAAACACCGGUCGGCGUCAGAUCAAAUCCGGCCGAUCACCCUUAUCGAACUGCUGACGGUAAAUACAACGACCCUUUUAAUGAAGGUGCAGGCAGUGAACUUUCAUUUUUUGGGAGGAAUAUGCUACCUGUUGAUCAGCAUAAUCAGUUAAAGAAGCCAGACCCAAUGGUGGUAGCAACGAAGCUGCUAGCGAGGAGAAAUGUUGUGGACACAGGAAAACAAUUUAACAUGAUCGCUGCUUCUUGGAUACAGUUUAUGAUUCAUGAUUGGAUCGAUCAUCUGGAAGAUACUAAGCAGAUUGAGCUUAGGGCACCUGAAGAAGUUGCAAGUCAAUGCCCACUAAAAUCCUUUAAGUUUUUCAAGACCAAGGAAAUUCCUACUGGCUUUUAUGAAAUCAAGACCGGUCACUUGAACAGACGUACCCCCUGGUGGGAUGGAAGUGCUAUAUAUGGGAGCAAUGCAGAAGUUUUAAAGAAAGUGAGAACAUUUAAAUAUGGGAAGCUGAAACUAUCAGCAGAUGGGCUACUCGAAAUAGACGAAAAUGGGAAAAUCAUAUCUGGCGAUGUUCGUAACACUUGGGCUGGACUUUCGGCACUACAGGCUCUCUUUGUUCAAGAGCAUAAUUCUGUUUGUGAUGUCUUGAAGAAAGAAUAUCCAGAAUUGGAGGACGAAGACUUGUAUCGUCAUGCAAGGCUGGUUACUUCUGCUGUUAUUGCAAAAGUUCACACCAUAGAUUGGACUGUUGAGCUUCUCAAAACCGAUACCCUUCUAGCAGGAAUGCGUGCCAAUUGGUAUGGAUUACUAGGGAAGAAGUUUAAGGAUACAUUUGGGCACGUUGGAGGUUCCAUUUUGGGUGGUUUUGUAGGAAUGAAAAAACCUGAGAAUUAUGGAGUGCCUUAUUCCUUGACUGAGGAAUUUACAAGUGUUUAUCGGAUGCAUCAACUUCUACCUGAUAACCUGCAGCUGAGGAAUAUAGAUGCAACACCUGGACCAAACAAAUCUCUCCCUUUGACUAAUGAGAUUCCCAUGGAAGAUUUAAUUGGGAGCAAAGGAGAGGAGAAUUUAGCAAGAAUUGGUUUUACUAAGCAAAUGGUAUCAAUGGGUCACCAAGCCUGUGGAGCUCUUGAGCUUUGGAAUUAUCCAAUGUGGAUGAGGGAUCUUAUUCCUCAAGAUGUCGAUGGCACUGAUAGGCCAGAUCAUGUUGACCUUGCUGCCCUUGAAAUUUAUAGAGACAGAGAAAGGAGCGUUGCUAGGUACAAUGAAUUUCGUAGAGGAAUGCUGCAAAUUCCCAUCUCCAAAUGGGAAGAUUUGACAGAUGAUGAAGAAGUCAUUAAUACACUUCGUGAAGUAUAUGGUGAUGAUGUAGAAGAAUUGGAUCUGAUGGUUGGAAUGGCUGCGGAGAAAAAGAUAAAGGGUUUUGCCAUCUCCGAGACUGCCUUUUUCAUAUUCCUCAUCAUGGCAUCAAGGAGGCUAGAGGCAGACAGAUUUUUCACCAGCAAUUACAACGAGGAGACAUAUACAAAGAAAGGACUGGAAUGGGUGAAUACAACAGAAAGCUUGAAAGAUGUGUUAGAUCGACAUUACCCAGAGAUGACAGAGAAAUGGAUGAACUCCAGCAGCGCAUUCUCUGUUUGGGACUCUUCUCCAGAACCUCACAAUCCUAUUCCACUCUACUUUCGCGUUCCUCCACAGUAAAUCCAUCAUUCGACUUAUCAAGGCAACCACAUAUUGGAAUUCUACAGCAUUCCUGCACGUUUUAUUAAAUUUAAAUAUGAAAAUAAUGUGCUUGAUUUAAUUUUACCUUCAAGUUUGUAAUAAACUGAGAAUAGUCGACCAAAUUCAUUGUUUACUUUUUCUAGCCGA